GACUCGGUCUCGCGGUAGAGGUGACCCGAUCCCUGGAUCCUCGUUUUGCAGGUGCUGAAAUUGUCGGCGCAAUUCCCAAUCAUGCCUGAACCAGUCAGAGUCCUUGUGACUGGAGCAGCUGGUCAAAUUGCAUAUUCAUUGCUGUACAGUAUUGGAAAUGGAUCUGUCUUCGGUAAAGACCAGCCUAUAAUUCUUGUGCUGUUGGAUAUCACUCCCAUGAUGGGUGUCCUGGACGGGGUCCUAAUGGAACUGCAAGACUGCGCCCUUCCCCUUCUGAAAGAUGUCAUCGCAACAGAUAAAGAAGAGGUUGCCUUCAAAGACCUAGAUGUGGCUAUUCUUGUGGGCUCCAUGCCAAGAAGGGACGGCAUGGAGAGGAAAGAUUUACUCAAAGCAAAUGUGAAAAUCUUCAAGUCACAGGGUACAGCCUUGGAGAAAUAUGCCAAGAAGUCAGUUAAGGUCAUCGUGGUGGGAAACCCAGCCAAUACCAACUGCCUGACUGCCUCUAAAUCUGCACCGUCCAUCCCCAAGGAGAACUUCAGUUGCUUGACUCGUUUGGAUCACAACCGAGCUAAAGCUCAGAUUGCUCUUAAACUUGGUGUGACUUCUGAUGAUGUAAAGAAUGUCAUUAUCUGGGGAAACCAUUCCUCAACUCAGUAUCCAGAUGUCAACCAUGCCAAGGUGAAACUGCAGGGGAAGGAAGUUGGUGUUUAUGAAGCUCUGAAAAAUGACAGCUGGCUCAAGGGAGAUUUCAUCACAACUGUGCAGCAGCGUGGCGCUGCUGUCAUCAAGGCUCGGAAACUGUCCAGUGCAAUGUCUGCUGCAAAAGCCAUCUGUGACCACGUCAGAGACAUCUGGUUUGGAACCCCAGAGGGAGAGUUCGUGUCCAUGGGCAUUAUCUCUGAUGGCAACUCCUACGGUGUUCCCGAUGAUCUGAUCUACUCAUUCCCUGUUACAAUCAAGAAUAAGACAUGGAAAAUUGUUGAAGGUCUCCCUAUUAAUGAUUUCUCACGUGAGAAGAUGGAUCUUACUGCAAAGGAACUCAAAGAAGAAAAAGAAACUGCCUUUGAAUUUCUUUCCUCUGUCUGACUAGACAAUCAUUUCAAUGUUACUAAAUACCCCAAUGCUGAAGGAUCUAAAUGUCGUCUUUGACUCUAGUACCAAGUAAUAAUAAUGCUAUACUUAAAUCACUUGUGAAAAACAACACAUUUUGAAGAUUAUGUGCUUCUCGGUACAAAUUUGUGACAGUUUAUCAUCAUGUUAUUAGUGUUGCAUUCUAAAUAAAAUAUAUAUUCA